AUGCACUAUUUGCUUUGGUUGGUGCUCAUCACCGGUAUCAGCCAUGCGUCAAUUUCCUUGGCUUCGCUCUCCGGAUUCGAUGACCCAUCAACAGAGUACCGCCCAAAGUUUCGGUAUUGGCUCCCAGAUGCCUCAGUUCCUCAUCAGUCUGUCGUUGACGAUGUUAACCAUCUUGCUGAAGUUGGAGCUGGAGGCCUAGAGUUCCUCCCGUUCUAUAACUACGGUCUGGGCCCGGCAUUGACUGAUUGGUCCAUGUACGGAUUCGGCACAGAAGCUUUCAAAGGGGUGCUGGCGGCGGCUUUGAACGCAACUGCAGCCCAUGGUCUGCAACUCGACCUAGCCCUUGGUGCCAACCAAGGUGCCGGUGUUCCCUCUGUGGUCGAGACCGUGGGCCUCGCCAAGGAGCUCGUGUAUGGAAAUAUUACGGUUCCGUCGGGGAAGCUCUACUCAGGGCCAGUGCCAAUGCCCGACGUACAGUACAACAUGCUCACCGGCUUCAUGAACACACCAGAGCCGUGGGGCGCCAACAACCUUGUGGCGGUCGUGGCCGGGAAGAUCGUUACCGAAGUCCACUUGACGGAAUACUUCUACAUGUCUAUUCUCGAGGAGGAUACGUUGGUUGACCUGACCAACGUCACCAAUCAGGGCACGCUCUCGUGGAUCCCCCCGGAAGGGAAUGGAACCUGGAUCGUUUUCGGUAUCUACGAUCGUUACACAAACCAGAGAAGCUGUGUCUCCAUCGCGAAUGCCACGACGGCCCUGGGUAACGGUUCUUGGAUAGUGGAUCACUGGAGUUCUGAUGGAGCCAAGAAAAUGACAGACUUCUGGGACCAACAGAUCCUAUCAGAUGAUACGGUCGCUUCUCUCGUCAAGGAGGCUGGCGAAUACGUCUGGGAAGACAGUAUGGAGAUGCAGGCCGCUUUGCCGUGGUCCGAUGGACUAGCCUCUCGUUUUGAGUCCUUGAACCGUUACAGCAUCACCAAGUACCUCCCCAUCCUCUUUCAUGCCACGAACGCAUGGGGUGGGUACCUGCCGCCGUACAAUGUCACCUACACCCUGGGUGAGUACGCUACUGAUGGGGGGCCUUACGUGCAAGACUACAAGUCAGCCCUUGGCCAGGGAUAUCUGGAGUAUUUGGAGCACUACAAAACCUGGGCCUCAGCCAAAGGCUUGAAGCUCUCCACGCAGCCCGCAUACAAUAUGCCAGUCGAUAUGACUCAAGCAGUAGCUCAUGUGCAAGUCCCAGAAUUGGAGUCUUUGGGUUUCUCCGAAAGCAUCAACGAGUACCGUCAAUUCACCGGAGCAGCUCAUCUAGCUGGCCGCAACGUCAUCUCAACUGAGCUCGGAGCAGUUCUUGGAAGUACCUACAAGCAGACCAUCCCCAAUCUAAAAGCCCUCCUUGAUGGUUCAUUCGCCGCCGGUGUCAACAACGUCGUUCUACAUGGCUACGCAUAUAGCGGGCAGUAUCCUGGGACAACAUGGCCGGGCUACACUCCCUUCCAGUACGAAUACUCGGAUAUGUGGGGUCCUCGACAGCCGGCUUGGAGACAUCUCAACGACCUCAUGACAUACUCUGCAAGGAAUUCAAUGAUCAUGCGGCAAGGCAUUCCAAAAGUUGAUCUUGCUUUCUACUACUUUGAAGUUCCAUUCAAGUUUGGCGCUAGUGUGUACAACAAGAGCGAUCUUAAUGAAUUUGGAUACACGUUUGAGUAUUUGGGCCCCAGCAAUCUCGUGUCUGACCACGCUCAAGUUGUCGAUGGAAUUCUUGCGCCAGAGGGACCUGGAUACACAGCCUUGAUAAUCUACAACCAGUCACAGAUCACGCCCAACGCAUCUUCGGCACUUCUUGGCUUCGCUCAAAGUGGUCUGCCGAUCUACAUCGUAGGGACUAUUCCGAAUGUCACCAUCGGGAUCAACGGCCAGGAAGAAGUAUCGUCCAGCAUGGACGAACUCCUGACCCACGAUUCUGUUCGUUUUCUUAGCACGGAGGCAUUUUCUCCCUCUCUGCUCAUUGUCGACGGCGUUUUACCGCGUGCCAAUACACAUGGAAACUCUAAUGCGUCCAACCUCUACACAUUUUGGACAUCAGACACUUCCUCCCAGAGCAAUUACGUCUAUCUAUACAACACCGGCGAAGAUGGCACCUUUGACAUCUCGCUUUCCGCGCGCCCAAAUACAGCCCCAUUCAUUCUCGGCGCUUGGACUGGAAAAAGGACCGCUCUGGCUGUGUACCAGAACACCUCUACAGGCAUCACGACGAGGGUCGGGCUGAAGGCACAUCAAACGCUCAUACUUGAACUCUCGGUAUCCACUGAAAACAACCUCUUCGUCAUUGAACACUCACCGAACGUCGAAUCGAUCCACAUUCCUUCGUCGGAAGACCUUGACAUAUGGCUCCAUGGAUCUGACGAGGCAUGGCUGAAAUUGAGCAACGGAACCCAGAUUACUCUCCCUCCUGCGGCCAGCCCAGCUCAAGCUGUCAUUACUCUGAGCCCUUGGCAUCUUGUCGUGAACUCAUACGGCCCAUCCGCCGACAAUGACACCCUGGAAGGCGAAGUUACUACUAUUGAUGUUGGUCAGCUGGACAGUCUGAGGCCUUGGACGAACAUCUCUGGCAUCGAGCACCUUAGCGGGGUUGGCACAUACUCCACCAGCUUUGAAUGUGUUGUCGACGACCAGGCAGCCGUGACUAUCAACUUUGGAACCGUGUUGAAUACCUUGAGAGCUUGGGUAAAUGGGAAACAGCUUGCGCCGGUUGACCCGACAGACCCCGUUGCUGAUAUUUCGCGUUUCAUCAUUACAGGCAAUAACACACUGAGAGUUGAAGUGACAACAACCCUGUUCAACUCAGUCAAAGCAAACGUAGACCGAGUCUUUAGCAUCGGCUUCGGUCCGCAAACACCAACGUACUACACUGAGGCGGCUUGGCAGAAGUUUGGUCUCAUAGAGCCUGUAGAGCUUCGGUCUAUCAGGACCUUGACUGUUCCAUUGAAAUAA